AAAAAGAAGAUUUGUUUUUUCUUUCUCUCUUUAAUUUGAGACAAGGAUGAAAUUAGCCCAAUCAUUUUCUUCUACUGAAUCUGUGGAAUCUAAAAAUCUUCAAUCUUGCUAUGCACACAAUUAGCUGACAACUCUUUCACAUAACCCAAAUCAAAUCAAAUCAAAUCCUUACAACUCUUAUCAAACCAUGCCGGUUUUCAAAACCCCCUUCAACGGUUACUCCGUCAAGUUCAGUCCAUUCUACGAGAACCGCAUCGCCGUCGCCACCGCCCAAAACUUCGGCAUCCUCGGCAACGGCCGUCUCCACGUCCUCGAACUCUCCUCCAACCCCACUCUCCCUAUCACCGAACUCGUCGCCUACGACACCGCCGACGGAAUCUACGACGUCACCUGGUCUGAAUCUCAUGACUCCGUCGUCGUCGCCGCCGUAGCUGAUGGCUCCGUCAAACUAUACGACCUCGCUCUUCCACCAACUUCAAACCCUAUCCGUUCCUUCCACGAACAUACCCGGGAGGUUCACUCCGCGGAUUACAACCCCGUCCGCCGUGACUCCUUCCUCUCCGCCUCAUGGGAUGAUACCGUCAAAUUAUGGACUGUCGAUCGUCCUACCUCCGUUCGGACCUUCAAGGAACACGCUUACUGUGUUUACUCCGCCGUUUGGAACCCUCGGCACGCCGAUGUUUUUGCAUCGGCGUCCGGGGACUGUACUCUCCGAAUCUGGGAUGUCCGUGAGCCGGGUUCGACUAUGAUCCUCCCGGCACAUGAACAUGAGAUUCUUUCGUGUGAUUGGAAUAAAUAUGAUGAAUGUAUAAUUGCCACUGCUUCCGUUGAUAAAUCGAUUAAGGUUUGGGAUGUUAGGAGUUUUAGGGUUCCGAUUUCGGUGCUGAAUGGGCAUGGUUAUGCUGUUAGGAAGGUGAAAUUUUCGCCGCAUGUGCGGAAUUUGAUGGUGUCGUGUUCUUAUGAUAUGUCGGUUUGUGUUUGGGAUUUCAUGGUGGAGGAUGCUUUGGUGAGUAGAUAUGAUCAUCAUACGGAGUUUGCGGUUGGGGUUGAUAUGAGUGUUCUUGUGGAAGGGCUUCUUGCUAGUACUGGUUGGGAUGAACUUGCUUAUGUUUGGCAGCAUGGAACUGAUCCUAGGGCACCUUGAAAGGGAAGAUACAAAAAAUAUCUUAAUAAUAGGCAUUGCUGUGAGAGCGAGUAUCUUGGAGGAUGAUCCAGAUUAAAAGUUAGACUCUUGAGGGGGAAAAGUGAAAACAGAGAUAUUUUCUGUGUCUUUCAUUAAGCUGGCUUUCUGUGAUCUUCUUUAGGUGAAUUACUAGUAAAACAAAAGAUGGUUGUGACUUGUUGCAACAACUAGUCUGUCAAUAGUUUAGGAAAACCUUUAAAGCAUUUGAAUAAUAAUUAAAGGUGUUAGCUCAUCUGUCUGCAUUGAUCUGAGAGUAUUAUCUUGUUUUUUUUUUGACGACCGAGUA